ACUUUCCCCAACCAAAGCUUCUCGCGAGUGAAAGUAGGAAAGAUAGAACCACAGGAAUCACACUAUGUCCACUUCAGCAUGGAUGAAGAAGCCAUCACAUGGCACAAAACAUUCAAUCAGGUGCUGCCCCUUGGUUUGUGCAAUGAUCGGUGCCAGCCAGGCUACAGCCGGAAAAAGAAGGAGGGGCUGCCAUUUUGUUGCUAUGACUGUGCUUCAUGUCCAGAUGGGAUGAUUUCAAAUCAAACGGAUAUGGAUUAUUGUUUCCAAUGCCAAGAAGGUCAAUUUCCAAACAAGGACAGAGAUCAAUGCAUUCCCAAGACCCACAAUUUCCUUUCCUACUCAGAGCCUUUGGGAUUCACAUUAGCUGCCUUAGCUCUGCUCUUCGCUCUGGUCACAGCCUUGGUCCUUGGCGUCUUCUCUAAGAACGGGGACACUCCCAUUGUCAAAGCCAACAACCGGGACCUCACCUACACUCUGCUCCUUGCCCUCUUGCUCUGCUUCCUCUGCUCCUUGCUCUUCAUUGGCCAGCCUCACCCAGUGAGCUGCUCUUUACGACAAACGGCCUUUGGCAUCAUCUUCUCCAUUGCGGUGUCUUGUGUCUUGGCAAAAACCAUCACGGUGGUUCUGGCCUUCAUGGCCACCAAACCAGGAUCCAGGAUGAGGAAAUGGGUGGGUAAAUCUCUGGCCAACUCUGUUCUUCUGGGUUGCUGCUCACUUCAAGCCAGUAUUUGUGCUGUUUGGCUCUGUACGGCUCCUCCCUUCCCAGAUGUGGACAUGAACUCUCUGGCGGAGGAAAUCAUCCUGGAAUGCAAUGAAGGCUCUGCCCCCAUGUUUUAUUGUGUCCUGGGGUACCUGGGAUUCCUGGCCAUGGUCAGCUUCACGGUGGCUUUCCUGGCCAGGAAGUUGCCAGACAGUUUCAACGAAGCCAAGUUCAUCACUUUCAGCAUGUUGGUGUUCUGCAGCGUUUGGCUGUCCUUUGUUCCUUCUUAUCUGAGCACCAAAGGAAAGCAGAUGGUGGCUGUGGAGAUCUUCUGCAUCUUGGCCUCCAGUGCAGGCUUGCUCGCUUGCAUCUUCUUCCCCAAAUUGUACAUAAUCAUUCUGAGGCCCAAUUUGAACAGCAAAGACCACUUGAUUCUGAGGAGCAAAUAG